UUUUCUUUUUAACCUCUCCACAAUUCUGUAUGCCUGACUUGGUCUGCCUAUAGUUGGCUUUUCCAUUCAGCAAGAUUCAUCUCUUCUGCUCUCUCCCCGGAAAUCAUGCCCAUCCUUUCCUGCCUAGCUGCUUGCCAUUGAGGUCUUUAUUAAACUAAUGAGAAGGUGCCUUGGCAAAGACAGAUCUUCACAGUGUACAGAAAAGAUUAUCCCACACAGUAUUGCUUCAUCAUUUCAAAGUACAACUGAGUCAAUGUGAUUUUUAACGCUGUAGUAAGAUUAAAAUCAGAACAUAUAGACCAGACAUGGCCUGUAAGCCUACUGUUUCUGUCAAAGUCUUGACUCACAUUAACACAUCUUGAGUUGAUUAUCUGGAGAUGAGCACCAGACUGACUAACCAUGGUUGUUUGAAACCAAAACAAUAGCCAAAUUGUUGUUAAGAAACUACAUUGUUAUACAGUCUCCAUACCUUGCAAGAAUUUCUGUUUUCUAAGACCAAAGUAUGUUGCACAACAUGUUUCAACCUAUGCUGAACUUGUGACCCCAUGAUGUAUGCUCACCAUUUGCCUUACAAAAAUAACCUGUGAUAUGAUUGCGCUUUGGCCUUACGAAAAUGUUUUUCCGGAUACCUUGAUGAUUCCCCUUCCACAUGAUGUAUUAUUGAACUUCAGCUUUUUUAAAAAAUUUCAUCCUUUCUAACGGAUUGUUUCAACAUCUGUUUUCUAUAACCCUAACCCUUCCCCAUUAAGGGGCCUUAAAAGGCGUUGAGGGACUGCCCUCUGAAAUACCGACUUUGGGAGAGAAAACCAGCGGGCCAGUUCCUGGUGCUCCUGUAAAUCGAAGCUUGCUUUAAUCAGACAUUCGUGCCAUUGGUUUUUCUCAGGCCUAACCUCUGUCUAGGGCACUCUGCUUCUUCCUCUUAUACUGUACUGCAGGCAGCCAGACACCAAGCCAGGCAAAGUAAGUAUCAUCAUACAAGGAUUCCAGGAAUUCCUUUGCCCAGCCUUCUGGGAAAUGUAGUCCAUGCGACUGUGACAUCACAGGGAGCCGUCCAGGAAAUUCCUUUCUGGCGUUAAGUCCUCACGCGUGCAGCUUCCGUAAAGUUGGGCGACUGUCCUGCCCUGCUCUACAAUCCUGUUGCGUCUCUGACAUGGAGAUUUUGGAACAUGCUCUAUGAGCUAUAAAGAUGCUUUCAACACAGGAAAUGCUGUCCUUCUGGGAUGUGGCCAUUGAGUUCUCUGCAGAAGAGAGGGAAUGCCUAAAGCCUGCUCAGUGGAAUUUGUACAGGGAUAUAAUGUUGGAGAAUUACAGCAACCUUGAUUUCCUGGGUCUUGCUGUCUCUAAGCCACACCUGGUGACAUUUCUGGAACAAACACAAGGGCCUGGGGAUCUGAAGAGACAAGCAACAGACAGUGUGCACCCAGGAACAAUACCCAAUGAUUGUAACAAUUACAGCGAGGUCAUUGAUUGUAAAUCACUCCUUAUUCAACGCCAGAGAUUUCAUACAGGGAAGAAACUUUACAAGUGUGAAGAAUGUGGAAAGGCCCUUAGUUCUCAAAAAACCCUAUCAAUACACCAGAGACUUCAUACUGGAGCCAAACCCUACACAUGUAAAGGAUGUCAUAAGACCUUUAAUACUCGCUCAUCACUUUUUAUACAUCAGAAAACUCAUACUGAUGAGAAAUCCUACAACUGUGAAGAAUGUGGCAAAUCAUUUUACUAUCCUCCACUGCUGAAGCAACAUCAAAGAAUUCAUUCUGGAGAGAAGCCCUACAAGUGUGAAGAAUGUGGCAAAGCAUUUUAUUUUCCUUCAUACCUUAAGCAACAUCAACAAAUUCAUUGGGGAAACAAUCCCUACAAGUGUGAAGAAUGUGGAAAAAGGUUUUCUUGUUCUUUACGCCUUCAAGUCCAUCAAAUAAUCCAUACUGGAGAGAAAUUGUACAAGUGUGAAGAAUGUCACAAAGCCUUUCGUUAUCACUCUUCGUUUUGGAGACACAUGAGAGUUCAUAUUGCAGAGAAAUCCUACCAGUGUGAACUGAGUGGAAAAGGAUUUACUAAGCCUGCCUUCCUCAUUGGGAGCAGGGCAGCUCUUAUUACAAGGAAAGCCUACAAGUGUGAAGAGUGUGGCAAGUGUUUUUGCUCACCUUCAUCACUUAAACGACAUCAAACAAUCCAUUCUGAAGACAAUCCCUACAAGUGUGCAGAGUGUGGCAAAAGGUUUUCCUACUUUGCACACCUUCAAGAACAUCAGACGGUCCAUACUGGAGAGAAACCAUACAAGUGUGAAGAGUGUGGCAAAUGUUUUUCCUCAUCUUCAUCCCUUAGACGACAUCAAACAAGCCAUUCUGAAGACAGUCCCUACAAGUGUGCAGAGUGUGGUAAAUGGUUUUCCUGUUCUAGGAGUCUUCGGGAACAUCAAGCAAUUCAUACUGGAGAGAAACCAUACAAGUGUAAAGAAUGUCACAAAGCCUUUCGUAAAUACUCAGCCCUUUGGAAACACAAGAGUGUCCAUAAUGCAGAGAAAUCCUACCAGUGUAAAAAAUGUGGAAGAUGUUUUGCCUCAUCUUCAUCUCUUAGACGACAUAAAUCAAUUCACUCUGAAGACUAUCCCUACAAGUGUGAGGAAUGCGGCAGAUGUUUUUAUUCAUACUUGUUUUUUAGACGACAUCAAAUAAUCCAUUCUGAAGACAGUCCAUAUAAGUGUGUAGAAUGUGGCAAACGGUUUUCUUGUUCUAGAAGUCUUCGGGGACAUCAAGCAAUUCAUUCUGGAGAAAAACCAUACAAGUGUAAAGAAUGUCAUGAAGCAUUUCGUAAUAGCUCAUCCCUUUGGAGACACAAGAGAGUUCAUACUUCAGAUAAAUCCUAAUAGUGUGAAGAGUGUGGCAAAUGUUUUUCUUCAUCUUCAUGCCUUAGACAAUACCAAACUUUCCAUUCUUAAGACAGUCCAUCCAAGUGUGCAGACUGUAGAAAAGGUUUUCCUACUUUGUACACCUUCAGGUACAUCAGACAGCCCAUAUUGUAGAGAAACCAUCAAGUGUUAAGAGUUGACAAAUGUUUUUGCUUAUCUUCAUCCCUUAGGCAAUGAGAGAGAGAGAGAGAAUUCAUUCUGAGGAUAGUCCUUUAAAGUGAAGGGAAUGUGGCAAAGAUUGUUAAACACAUGAUAAUUCAUACUGGAGAGAAAUUCUACAAAUUUCUUAAAAAGUUCACACAUCUGCAGUCUUUAAAACACAUCAAAUUCAUUC